AUGUCCCUCCCCAGGCGCGCGGCUGGAGCUGCAACGCGUCUCCUGGCUAGAGGCCCCGCGAGGCCUCCGGUUCGGCUACCCAUAGAUCGCAGCGCCUUCUCAACGCAAAGUCCGAGAAGAAACGACACCAACGCCGAGAUCGCUCCAUCAUCAGCGGCCGGCACCAGCAGAAGCAGCAGCAGCAGCAAUGCCGGCCAUGCCAAGGCGGCGCAGCCGGAACCCUCCGUCGCGUCCAAGAUGGCCGAGUCGGCGGCGACCACGUUCGCCUCGAUCCUCGUGCUGGGGCUCGGCUUCGCGGCCGCGGGCUACAUCUACCACCGGAGCUACAAGAUGCUCGUCAUCAACAAGAUGGUGCGGGCCUUUGAGCCCGGCGACCCGGUGCUGGACCUCGCCACCGUCGGCAAGGACCUGCCCUCGCCGCGCGCCGCCGAGGAUGAGCGCUGGAUCCACCGCGACGAGCAGUCCCUCGUCGACGCCAUCGUCGACGGCCGCGAGGUCGGCCACUACUACCUCAUGAUCGGCGACAAGGGCACCGGCAAGAGCAGCAUGCUGCUCGAGGCGAUGCGCAAGAUUGACGGCGACGGCGUGUCCAUGUUCGAGGCGCACGCGGACCUCGAGGUGGUGCGGCUGCGGCUCGGCAAGGCGCUCAACUACGAGUUCCACGAGGACUACAUCGGGGGGUACUUUAGCGAGCGCGGGCCGCGCGAGUCGACGGCGCUGCUGGACAUUGAGCGCGCGCUCAACAAGCUGGAGAAGGUGGCGAUGCGGCUGUUCCGCGCGCGCCGCCGGCCGCUGAUCCUGAUCGUGAACCAGAUGCACCUGCUGCGCGAUGACGAUGAUGGCCGCGACCUGAUCGAGCUGCUGCAGCAGCGCGCGGAGCAGUGGGCCGCGACCAACCUGGUGACCAUCAUCUUCAACUCGGACGACUACUGGGUGUACGAGCGCCUGAAGCAGCUGGCCACCCGCAUGGAGGUGCUCCCGAUCACGGACCUGCCCAAGGGACAGGCGGUGAGCGCGCUCAAGAGGUACAGGCAGCGGUACUGGGGCGAGGCGCUGGACGAGGCGCGCCUGGACGAGGUGUACGACCGCGUCGGCGGGCGGCUCAACUUCCUCAACAAGGUGGCCAAGAGCAGGGACAUGCUGGCGACGUGCGAGAACAUCAAGGAGAUUGAAAAGCGCUGGUUCCUGAACCAGUGCUGGAUCCUGGGCAUGGAGAUGGACGACGACGUGAUGGACCAGCAGAAAUGGGCGGCCGCCGCCAUGGUCCUCGCGCAGGCGCUGGUGGCCAAGGAAAAGGACAUGGACCUGACCUACGACGCCGUCAUCGGCCACCUGCUGCCCUCGUUCCCGUUCCACGUCGCGCAGGAGCUCAUGACGCGGUGCGACUUCAUCCGCAAGCUGGACAGCCUGAACCUGUUCAGCAUCACGAGCCGGGCGGACGUGCGCGCGAGCAGCGUGCCGAUGCACCGCGCGUUCCGCGAGAUUUGCGGCGAGCCGGGCUUCGACGAGCACCUGGAGCGCACGAUCCAGCGCAUCGCCGACAUUGAGAGCCUGGGCCGCACGCGCGAGCUGGUGGCCAAGGACCUGGUGCUCGGGGGCCACUAUGAGAUUGAGGCGGGCCGCAAGGGCAUCAGGGGGGGGGGGGGCAUUGGUUUCCGAGGGCCACAAUUGCCCGCUGGCUCGGCUGCGAGUCCCGAGUGCAUCCAUCCACCAACCCGUCUGGAGACAGCGUUUGUUUCAUGCUGCUAUCGGCAGAUGGUGAAAUUCACGCACGUUGUUAAGACCGAUCACCGAAUCUCGGCCAAUGACUACUAUCCAGAUGAGAUCAGCUGCCGUCAGAGAUGA